UUCCUGUUUAGGCAGGAGGAGGAGCCGGAGGCGCGCGCUAGGCCGCGCUCUCGUCUGCGCCGCGGCAACGGUAACGGCGGCGAGUCGGGGGGGCGGCGAGUCGGCCAUGGCGCUGUCCGAGACCCAGCUGAAGAAGAUGCUCGCCAAGUAUAAGUAUAGAGAUCUGACGGUGCAGGAAACCACCAGUGUUAUUACCCAGUACAAAGACCUCAAACCUGUAAUGGAUGCAUAUGUUUUUAAUGAUGGCUCAUCCAGGGACCUGAUGAGCCUCACUGGAACCAUUCCUGUGCCUUAUAGAGGUAACACAUACAAUAUCCCUAUAUGUCUGUGGCUGCUGGAUACCUACCCUUUCAAUCCCCCAAUCUGUUUUGUUAAACCAACUAGUUCAAUGACAAUUAAAACUGGGAAGCAUGUUGAUGCAAAUGGAAAGAUAUAUCUUCCUUAUCUGCAUGAGUGGAAACAUCCCCAGUCAGACUUGAUAGGAUUGAUUCAAAUUAUGAUCGUGGUGUUCGGAGAGGAACCUCCGGUCUUUUCUCGGCCUACCAUUUCAUCAUCCUACCAACCAUACCAAGCAACAGGACCACCAAAUACAUCCUAUAUGCCAGGCAUGCCAAGUGGAAUCUCUCCCUAUCCACCAGGACACCCUCCUAACCCAAGUGGCUACCCGGCCUAUCCUUAUCCACCUGGUGGUCCAUUUCCAGCAACAACAAGUGGUCAGCACUACCCAUCUCAGCCUCCUGUGACUACUGUUGCAGAUGCCAGAAGAAAGCAGAAGCAGGUAUGGAUUUGUGGUCAUUCGUAUGUUUUCUGGGCAGAAAAACGGGCACUCGUAAGAAGCUUUGGCCCACAACUGGGCAUUCGAGUGGAGGAUGCCAAAUUGCACUGGAUAGGAAAGAGCGGCAUGAUGUGGGAUCAGUUAAUACCCACUCUGUUUCAUGCACGAAGGCGUCUGCCAGAUCCUGAUGUGCUGGUGAUACACCUGGGAGGAAAUGAUCUGGGGACAACAAAAUUUGUGGAUCUUAUCAUCCGAAUUAAGAAAGAUUUAGGAUUUAUCAAGCACACAUUCAAGAAUGUCAUUCUGGUCUGGUCAAACAUUGUGCCCCGAAAGGCAUGGAACCAAGAAGAGACGUAUAGAUUCAUGGAUAAGAACAGAAAAAAAGUCAACAGGGAAAUUGGCAACUUUAUGAAGUUUAUCGGAGGGUGUGUGAUCAGACACGAUUCCCUUGUACCAGAGUCUCCGGGUUUAUUCCAUCUAGAUGGUGUCCUCUUAUCUCAAAGUGGUACUGAUGUCUUCAACCUGGAUUUACUGAGUGUUUUGGAGACUUUGAUAUGACUUUGGAGGAAGUUUGACAUUAUUGGCCAUGUUUUUGACAAGUAGGAACCUCACCAGGGGUAGGGAAUACACCGUAGGAGGAUUCCCAAUGAUAUGGGGAUACUUUGGUAGUGUUGGGAGUUGCCAUCUCUCAUGUGGGGGAAGCAGUACUGGUUGCUGAAUACAUUUCAGAGGUUGAUAAGUGUUUCUGGCACAUAAUAUUUGUUACCCCACUAUUAAAAUGAAAUGUUAUUCCCAGAUGCUAAGCUUUGUUGUUCUGCAAGGUCUAUUUAACAUUUUAUUUUGAGCUUACUUUGAUUAAUUUAUGUAACUUGUUUAAAGGGACACUGCCAAAUAGUUUUUACCCCCUUUUUAAAUACACUAUCUUCUCUAUGUAAAAUCAUUCAAUAGUAGGUAGCUUUGUGAUAGGACCUAACGUAUAAUUGAACUUUUUGAAGCAUUUCAUUAUUAGAGAUACAGUAAGACGAACUAUAUGGACAUAUUCACGAUGACAUUUUCUGACACAGUAUGCAACUUUAAAGGUAUGUAAAAUAGGAAGGUAGGUUGUCUGGCAGAGCAGGAUGUUGUGAUUUGAGACUUCAGGGUUCUAUUCCCAGCUCUGUCACUGAUUUAUUAUGGAAAUAAGUCAGUUAACUUCUCCAUACCUCUGUUUACCUGUCUGUAAAAUGCAUAAUAAUUACCUCAGAGGGGUAUUUGACAGUUCUGAUGACAGUUACUAUAGAAGUUCAGUCUUGUCACUGUGAAGGUAUAGACUCUUGACAUAAUGUCCUUUUUAAAUAACAAACUAUUUUUAAAGACUUGAAUUUGUUAUAGUAUUUUUGUUUUUUAAAGAUGUUUGAAAACAGAUUCUUUCCUUACCAAUUUUGUCCUUUUCCAUCUUUCCAACAGUUUUCCUCUUUCUAACAAAGCAUAAAAUUAACAAUUUUGUGCUUGCCCCAAUAUCUUUGAUGUUUUCAGCGUAGCCCUGGCAAAAGUGUCUGAUGCUCCAGAACCAGUAAGAGGCAUUCUUGCUUUUAUUUUGCUCCUUCAGAAUUGAGGCCUUUUAAAACUUUCUCAUAUUGUGGAUUUUCUUCUUCUUUGAAACUGCUUUACUGAUUCACUUGAAACUCAGGUUUUUUCUAAUGUUAAAUUGCUAUAAACUGCUUGACAGUGUCUCUUUAACUUAGUGAUCAUGUAGAAAACUGCAGCAUUUUCCUUCCAGUAAUUGUUGCGGUAUAUUGAUAUUUUUGUUGUAGGGAAAAAGCUUUGGGCCUGGUUUACAGUUUACUUUUUGCAUAUAGCCAACCAGCACUAUAAUUUAAUUUUGUUAGUUGGGAGUGCUGAGCUACAAAAAAUCAAAAUAUUGUGAAAUGUGUUAGCAAAUAUAUUAUUCCAGGUAGUUAAGAUUUAAAAAAUUAAAUUUUGUAGAAAAGAAUUUUAAUAUUUCAAAAAUCUCCAUCUUCUCUCCUGUCUCAGUUCCCAUUGUCAAGAUAUGUAUUACAUAACGUUCAUUAAUUUGUAUUUAAAGUAGUUUUGGUCAAUGGACUCAAGGAACCUGUUUUAUUUUCUUAAAUGAAGACUCCUGUCAGUAUUUUGAUAGCUCCUUGAUGUAGCAAUUUGCAUUUGGAAAUCUCUUUUUGACAGGACUUGAGAAAGGAACUGCUUUAACCUUACCAGGUGCCCCUUCUCCCCAUUUUCUCUUUAAUCAAGUCUUCUUCCAGAAAGAUAUUGGUUAUGCAGGGAAUUGCCUGCGAAAGGACACUUGUCAGAGACAGGAUAGAGGUGAGUAUUAGGAGUGGAGGAGUGUUCAUUCUCCACUAUUCUGGCCUUACAUUACUCAAAUUCCCAGCCUCGCCAACUUUUUGGAGGAGGAAUAAGGAAGCUGCAGUUUAAUAGAAAACACCACAGUCUGUAUACAGGACUCUAAGGCAAAAGUAAUAGAAUAUAGGACAGUGUGCAGCCUAAAAGUUAGUUUGGUGAAGCUUGCAGUAGGGACAUUGGAAAAGAUUUAUUUGAGUAUUCAUCUCUGUUCUUGAAUACCUCUGAAGGUUUCCCUCCUGUACAGGGCAACUCUGUAGCCUUUAGAGGAACUGGGGUUGACUCCCUCACGCACUGGGAAAGGUUCUGCUCAAUACAUACGUAUCAAGGACUUAGAAGCACUUCCAGCACGUAUGGCAUGGGUACGUUUUGUACCCUACACUUGGAUUAGAAUGUUCCCCGAUGGAAAUACCUACUCUCUGGCGAGGUCUACAGUCAUAUUUAUACCUUUUUGAUGUUGGACGAUGUUGAUGAUUAAUGCAUUUAAUUUGUAUAACUUGGUGAUUGUGUUUUACAAAUAAAGUUGUAGCCUUUA